AUGACCAGCCAAUAUGGUGCUGGGGCUUGCCUAGAACCUACCUGGCAAGGUUAUUGUGAAAGUACCCUGGACGCCCUUUAUCUCAUCGAAUGGUGUAUUAGAGGUGACGGCAAAUAUGUCACACGCCGGCCUCAUGAUCGCGAGAGGGCCUCUCUGAUCGCAAGCGGCAACAUCUUUAUCUACAAAGAGCAGGCCAACGGCAUCAAGCGCUGGACUGAUGGCAUUCCCUGGAGCCCAAGCCGUAUGCUAGGUAACUUUCUUAUUUACCGUGAGCUGGACAAGCCAUUCAAGCUUGGACAGAAGAGGAAGACCAACCACAAGGAGAAUGGUGUCACCAAGGCCAGCAGUAACCACCAACCAAGUUCCAUUCGCCAUGCGGAGGGCAACGCAAAAACAAGAGCUCUUGUUGGUUCACUGGUGGACAGCUAUGACUUCAAAAAGGACGGACUCAUCAAGAAAACUAUCAGUCUCUCCUAUAACACCACUACCCAUCAUAUCGUCUCAUACUACACCAUCGAAGACGUCGAAUCCAAAAUCCUACACAGACCCAGCGAGACCUUCUUGAGGGACUACACCCCUCGUCCAGAGCUCAUUCAAUCCAGCAACUUCCGCGUACCAAUUAAUGAC